GGCAAGAAUUGAGGGUCGUCGCCGCCUCGCCUUCCCCCAACAAAUCUUGCCCCCCGCCGGCGCUGCCACCGCCGCUCCGCCUUCCACCAGCAAAUCCUGCCCCCCGCCGGCGCUGCCACCGCCGCUCCGCCUCCGAGUUUUCCCUCCAUCGCCCGCUUACUUUUUUCUGGAAGAAUUCCGUCCCCACUCCCCUUUAUCCGAUCCGAAUCUUUGUUCCCGGAGGAAAUGGGGUCCGAAUCCAGGAAGACGGUCUCGAGGUACACCACGAAGACGGAGAAGGGCUCGCACUCGUUCGAGAUCUCCGGGUACAGCCUCACCAAGGGCAUGGGCGUCGGCCGGUUCAUCCGGUCCAGCACCUUCGCCGUCGGGGGCUGCCACUGGGCCAUCCGCCUCUACCCCGACGGAGUCACCAACCCUUUCAAGGACUACGUGGCGGCCUAUCUCGAGCUCAUGAGCAAGGACGCCGAGGUGCGGGCUUCCUACGACCUCAGCUUGCUCAACCAGGACACCGGGUCGCCCGUCACCGUCAGCUCGGAAUCGACCCCGAGAGUCUUCAAAUCCAGUGACACUAGCCGCUUUGGCCCGCAAGGUGGAUAUUCCAUACUCAGAAGCGAGCUGGAGCUGGAUGAAUCCUGCUACGUUCUGGAUGAUUACCUGACGAUCGAGUGCGACGUUACUGUCGUCAAGGAAUCGCGUGUGCGCGACAGCCCGGCAGAAUACCAAGUCGAGGUGCCGCCGUCAGACCUAUCCGAUCACUUCGGCAAGCUGCUGCUGGACGAGGAUGGUGUCGACGUGAUUUUCAGUGUUGGACGACAGACUUUCCCGGCGCACAAGAUCGUGCUUGCCGCGCGCUCGCCUGUAUUCAGGGCGGAGCUGUAUGGGCAGAUGAAGGAGAGGACGGCGCCGAGCAUAACCAUUCGAGACAUGCAGCCUUCUGUCUUCAGGGCCUUGCUGCAUUUCGUGUACACCGAUUCGCUGCCCGACAUGGAGGAUCUUGAUCACGACGAGUACAGUGAAAUUACCCGUCAUUUGCUUGUGGCUGCGGAUAGGUAUGCCAUGGACAGGCUCAAGUUGAUGUGCCAAAAUAUCCUUUGUCAGUUCAUUGACGCCGACACCGUGGCGGCGUUGCUGGCCUUGGCUGACCAGCAUAACUGCGAUGGGCUUAAGGAUGCUUGCAUUCAGUUCAUGGCCACUUCAGAUGAGAUGGAUGCUGUGGUGGAAACCCAAGGUUUUGCAGAUCUCAAAAGGGCCUGCCCUUCUGUCUUGGUAGAUGUGUUAGAGAAGAGAAGUAAGUUCGGCAAAGCAUAGAUAUCUAGUACGUAGAUUGUUUCCUUCUUAUAUAUAGAGAAAAGCUUUGCUGGUUUGGUGGUUAAAACCUGGUUUCUUAAUUAUUGUUAUAUCUUCACCUUUCCCAUUGAA